AUCCCAUUAGCGCAGCGCAAUGAGGCCCGCUCUCGAUUAAAGAAGCCAAAAGAAUUGAGUGUGGCACCGGAAAGGCGAGGCCUUUGCGCUUGCGCACCGUAGAAAUUGUUGCCGGCACCCCCACCACGGCCACUCGAGCAGCCGCCGAGCACCCAGCAAGAACCUCUCUAGGCUUUGACGUCCUCACUGCCACUUGAAAUAUCGGUGGGCACGACCACUCCAGUGUUCCACUGCUCCGUGCUGUGAUUUGGUGCGACUUGGUGGUGGCGGUGUGCGUCUUGGCUUCGGUUUCCUUUCUUGCUUCCUUGGAGGAUUUGGAACCGUUGGAAUUCAGGAGCUUGCUGGCCAUGGUCGAAGGGUUCGGGGAUGGAUUGAGGCUUGGGGGAAGAGGAGGGUAGCUUCCUCUUCUUCGGUGAUCGGGUCUGGGUUCGUGGGAUCGCGGGAGGAAGCAUGGCGGCGGGUGGGAAUUGUCACAGGGUCUGCUGAUCUUUGCAAUCGGUUCGGAAAGACCACUCUAUUCUGUGAUCGCAUUAUAAGUGAAGCCCUCUCUGAUGAAAAGCUGUAACCUUGGUUGUUUUCUUGAGUACUGGUCACCCAGAUGGUAGCAUAUUCUCUUCUGUGUGAUUGUGCUUGAUUGUGGAUUGAUGCUCCUGGUCACUUAAGUCCUCUGAUCAUCCAGAGAAUACCUUCUGGCAGCUGGCAUUUCCUCUAUUGGAAUUACCACCCUUCACAAGAAAGUCCUUGUUUUAGGGCAAAUCUCCUUUGGCAAACAUAGUUCAGAGUUCAUCACUUUGUCGGUUUAUCCUGAGCUGUUACUCUGAUUGAAUGAAAUAUCAGCAGCAAGAUACUUCUAAAUGACCCCCCUUAGAAAUCCCUCAUUUAGUUUGGCGGAAGUUUCAGAACGUUCCGUUCCCGUUCAGGUUUCCUCCGUCGUGUAUUAGCUGAUUUGCUGGGCAAAUCUCCUUUGGCAUUACUUACUGGUUCUUUUGGGCAAAUCUCCUUUGGCACUCCAGAUCUCUCUGUGGGCAAAUCUCCUUUGGCACUAGUUUUAGUUCUAGCUUUAGUUUCAGGCUGCUCUUUGGGCAAAUCUCCUUUGGCAAAAAUACUACCUUAUUUACUAUUUUGGGUAAGUCUCCUCCAGCUGUUAGUAGCAGCAGCUAUAUCAGGGUAAUUCUCCUUUGGCAUUAACAGUCAAGUGUGCUGGCUGUGUGAACACAACCUCUACCAAAAUAUCAAGAAGUACUUCUGGACGGUGGAAGGAAUACUUGGCCAGCUGCCUUGGUAUAUUGCCAUUCCAAACGUCAACUUGCAUAUUGUUGGUUGUUCUUGAGAUUACCACGUUAUCCAUACAGUACACAACUUAUUCUAAGAAGGACUUGCAAUCAUGGACUUGUUUGCAAUUGACUCGGAUAGUGAGUCAUAUAGUGGGACCAGUGACAGCGAAGACCAAGAAGAAUGUGAAUUUACGUACAGUGACCAUGCCCAAAAUAUCUUGUCCAGCCUGGACGAGAGCAUUGGCAAGAUCGAUAAUUUUCUGACUUUUGAAAGAGGGUUUCUGCAUGGGGACAUAGUCUGCCCUGUUUCUGAUCCCUCAGGUCAGCUUGGACGCGUUGUUGGUGUUGCAAUGUUUGUUGACUUGGAGACAAGCUCUGGUGACAUAAUUACAGAUGUAAACAGCAAGAAGCUAUCAAGAGUGAGAUCCUUCGUUUCUGGGGACUGCGUCGUUAUGGGACCAUGGAUUGGACGGGUGAUCAGAGCAUUUGACCUUGUUACUCUUUUGUUCAGUGAUGGGGCGAAGUGUGAAAUGCUGGUAAGGGAUUCUGAGGCACUGAAGCCCAUUCCUCCUAUUCUUUUUGAAGAUGCACCUUAUUUUUACUAUCCCGGUCAACGUGUGAGGAUUGUCCAACCCUCGAUUUUCGAGUCAGCAACAUGGUUGUGUGGAUCAUGGAGGGCCAAUAGAGAUGAUGGUGUUGUCUCUCAUGUAGAUGUUGGGCUGGUGCAUGUGAACUGGAUUACAUCUGUGACCAAUGUUUGGGGAGAUAAAUCAUCAAGUCCUGGAAACAUUCAGGAUCCAAAGAACCUCACUUUGCUGUCAUGCUUCCCUUAUGCUAAUUGGCAACUGGGUGAUUGGUGUGCUCUUACAUCUGAUGACCAUGGAUGUCUGUGGAUGGAUUCUGGGAAGUCUUGCAUUCUUAGUAAAGCCUGGAAGUGCGACUCUCAUGGGCACAUGCGUUUGGAAAAUUAUAGUUCAGGUUAUUCUCAAACAUAUAUUGUCUCCAAGACAAAGAGCACUGUUGAUGUUCUAUGGCAAAAUGGAAGCAUAUCUCUUGGUCUGGAACCCCAGACACUGGUUCCUGUGAGUACCCUUGGCGAUUAUGAUUUUUGGCCAGGGCAAUUUGUCCUGGAGAAACUGGCUGUUGAGGAUUCUGCAAGAUGUCAACGAACUGGGAUAGUGAGAGAUGUGGAUGCACUCGAGCGGACAGUAAAUGUAAAAUGGAUUAGUCCUGCAGGCAGUGACGCUGUCAGCUAUGGAAGAAGUGGCCCUACAGUGGAGACUGUGAGUGCUUACGAACUGGUAGAGCACCCAGAUUUCUCCUUCUGCACUGGUGAGGUUGUUAUCAGGUCAGCUGUGAACAUAGACAAGUCUGAAGCAGAUCUCACAAAUGGGUCAUUAGCAAGCAGGGAAUCAUUGGAUACCCACUCUGACUUCUUAUCAUGCAUCGGAAAUGUGCUUGGGUACAAGGAUGAUGGAAUCGAAGUCCAAUGGGCUAAUGGUGUGAUAUCCAAGGUGCAGCAUUUUGAAAUAAUUGGAUUGGAUAAGCUUCUUGAUAGUUCACUAGAAUCGAUGCAUGAGGAACAUGCUACCGGUGAUUCAGUAGACGUGGCUGAGCAGGAGGAAAUGCACCAUGAAAAUGCAAACAUUGCUCUGGAGUCUACUGACUGCACUGGUUCCUUGUGCAAAGCCACUGCUUUUCUCUUUCCCAAGACAGCUUUUGAUUUCCUGACAAAUGUGGCUACUAGUUUGUUUGGUACUCAUGGUUCUCCAUCACCAAGCUCAGUUGUGGUAGAUCCUCAAUAUCAAAUUAUUAUGACGGCAGAAAUGCAGACAUCUGCAGACGAAUUGCCAGAAGAAAAACUGACUGUGGAGCUGGUGGCAAAGAUUGAGAAGCCAAAUCUCUCUUCAGAAGAUAACAUCUCAAAAAGAUUUGAUGUGGUGACUGACUGUUCAGAUCAUCACUUUGUGAAGGAAAGUGGCCAUGAAAAUGUUACAAGAGGUUGGGUGAAGAAGGUCCAACAAGAAUGGACGAUCCUGCAAAAUGAUUUACCAGAUGGUAUUCAUGCAAGAGUUUUUGAGGAAAGGAUGGAUCUUCUGAGGGCUUGCAUUGUUGGGGCAGCUGGAACACCUUAUCAUGAUAAUCUUUUUUUCUUUGAUAUUUUCUUUCCUCCUGACUAUCCCCAUGAACCACCUUCUGUUCACUACCACUCUGGUGGUCUCCGCCUGAACCCGAAUUUGUAUGAGUCGGGAAAAGUAUGCCUCAGCCUUCUGAAAACAUGGACAGGAACUGGUAACGAAGUGUGGAAUCCAGAGAACUCGACUGUUCUUCAACUGCUGUUAUCCCUUCAGGCCCUUGUUCUCAAUGAAAAACCUUAUUUCAAUGAGGCGGGCUAUGACAAAUUUUUGGGGAAGGCUGAUGGAGAGAAGAACUCCAUCACUUACAAUGAGAAUGCUUUCCUGCUGUCAUGCAAAUCCAUGAUGUAUGUUUUGCACAAACCACCAAAGCAUUUUGAGAAGUUGGUCAAGGAGCACUUCACUUGUCGCGCCCCAUGCAUUCUGGAUGCCUGCGAGGCUUAUCUUGGUGGUGAUCUCGUUGGACAUGCACACGACAAAGCAUACAUAUCAGAGGAUGGCAGCAAGAGCUGUUCAACCGGUUUCAAGAUUAUGCUUGGUAAGCUUCUGCCGAAGCUUGCCGCUGCCUUCUCUGAGGCUGGAAUCACCAGCGGCCAGUAAACUAGAGCAAGCCUGCUCCCUACACUGGCUGUAUAUAUAUCCAGCGGCCGGAUUUUAUCCUUUAUCUAAAAAAAGCCUGCUCCCUACAUCAGUAAUGAAAUUGGGACCCUUUAUCAGUAAUUAUUGUGUGUUUGCUGAUGCUUGUGUAUUCCAAAUAAAAUGCUGCCUGGUGUAUGUGUUACUUUUGUGUGUCUUGUAAAUGUGGAACGGUAUAUACGCAUGAUUGCGGAACUGAUAUUGUUAAGCUAAAGGCAGCUCCAGUGUGGAGUGCCUGGGUUUGGGUUGUAAUUCUACAUUGAGACUUGAGAGUGAAAAAUAUGUAAAUGUGUGUUCUUUAAAGGUUUGUCUAAAUUAUUGACAGUGCAGUUGUAUA